UCUUCGGUUGGACUUGCAGUUUUGCAGAUUGAAGAACUAGAAAUACACAAUCCGCCAAAUUAGAAUUUUGGAAUUUUGACUUGUUAUUCUUGUGCCUGUUAUAUGGUCAGACCACUAGAAAGCCAUGUAGUACUAGUAUUAUAUUGAAUUUUUAAUUUGGAAAAGAUUUUCCAAUGCUAAAUAAAGCAAAUGACUGAGAAAUCCCGCUCUCUCUCUCUCUCUCUCUCUCUCUUUCUCUCUGUGGGUUCCUACAAUGGCGAAUGAUGCUUUCACAAGAUAAAGUGGACAUGAAAGUAGUCUUCAAAAUUUACUGUCCUGUUAUUCGCACCCUAUGAUACUGCAUACACUAGCUAUUCUAUUCAAUUCCAUAUGCGAAAUUGGAUUUCAUCGUGCAGAUUUGUAGCAGGUAGUUGUUAUUUGAGCUUUGGCGAGAAAAAAGGCUGAGGUAAAUGGAGACUGUUAGGUGUUGGUUCAAAAAAUUCCGUUCCAAAGAGAAACCCAAGCCUCCAAGCAAGAAGAAGGAACCCACAAGUAAUGGGAAGGAAGGGUCAAAAAUGCCAGUGAAUGAGGAAGCACCUUCAAAUGCGACUAAGCAGAAGGUUGAGGCUGCGAAGCAGUAUAUAGAGAAGCAUUACAAGGAGCAGAUGAGGAGCCUUCAAGAGCGGAGGGAGAGGCGUUAUUCGCUUGAAAAGAAAUUGGCUGAUGCUGAGGUCUCUGAGGAAGAACAAAACAAUAUAUUGAAGUACCUGGAAAUAAAAGAAACAGAAUAUAUGCGCCUUCAGAGGCAUAAAAUGGGUUCUGAUGAUUUUGAGCCAUUAACAAUGAUAGGAAAGGGUGCAUUCGGAGAGGUUAGAGUAUGUCGGGAGAAGUCAACUGGUCACGUAUAUGCCAUGAAAAAGCUUAAGAAGUCAGAGAUGCUUCGCAGAGGCCAGGUUGAACAUGUCAAGGCAGAAAGGAAUCUGCUUGCAGAAGUUGACAGCAAUUGUAUUGUCAAACUUUACUGUUCUUUCCAAGACGAGGAGUAUCUUUAUCUUAUAAUGGAAUAUCUCCCUGGUGGGGAUAUGAUGACUUUGCUUAUGCGUAAGGAUAUAUUAACUGAGGAAGAGACAAGGUUUUACAUCGGAGAAACAGUGCUUGCCAUUGAGUCUAUCCACAAACAUAAUUACAUUCAUAGAGAUAUCAAGCCUGAUAACUUGCUUCUUGAUAGAAAUGGACACAUGAAAUUGUCAGAUUUUGGAUUAUGUAAACCAUUGGACUGCAGCAAUAUUCAAGAAAAGGAUUUCUCGGUAGGAAAUAACUACAGUGGGGCUCUACAAAGUGAUGGCCGUCCUGCAGCGCCUAAGCGUACACAACAAGAGCAACUGCAGCACUGGCAGAGGAACAGGAGGAUGCUUGCCUAUUCGACUGUUGGUACGCCUGAUUAUAUUGCUCCUGAAGUUCUGCUGAAAAAAGGAUACGGAAUGGAAUGUGAUUGGUGGUCUCUUGGGGCUAUCAUGUACGAAAUGCUUGUCGGGUAUCCACCUUUCUAUUCAGAUGAGCCUAUGUCUACGUGUAGGAAGAUAGUGAACUGGAGAACUCAUUUAAAAUUUCCCGAAGAGGCAAAGCUAUCCCCUGAAGCAAAAGAUCUCAUCCGUAAACUCUUAUGUAAUGUUGAGCAAAGGCUUGGAACAAGAGGCUCUGAUGAAAUUAAGGCUCACCCGUGGUUUGAAGGCAUAGAAUGGGACAAGUUAUAUCAGAUGAAAGCUGCCUUUAUUCCAGAAGUUAAUGACGAGCUGGACACACAAAAUUUUGAAAAGUUUGAAGAGUCAGACAAUCGAAUUCCAAUUGCUACAAAAUCUGGCCCCUGGAGAAAGAUGCUUUCAUCUAAGGAUGUCAACUUUAUGGGUUACACAUACAAGAACUUUGAAAUUGUGAAUGACAAUGAAGUUCCUGGGAUGGCUGAACUGAAGAAGAAAAGCACCAAACCCAAGAGACCUACAGUGAAGUCCCUCUUCACAGGCGAAGAUUCAAAUUCUGCUCAAGGAAGUUUUCUCAAUCUAUUGCCUCUCCAAUUAGAAAUCUCGAAAGAGGAUGAACCCUAAAUUCGACAAUCUGCUAAUACUAACAUCAGACCAACUGUAGCAAACAAGGAGACGGAAUUAAAAAUUCUUUUAGGUUUGUUGAGCUGCUUUCAUCUGAAUUUGUACCUUGUUUGGUGUAAAUUAUAUACUGAUUGUACAUUUCUUUUCCGCCCGUGUGAUAUUCGAUCUGUAUUUUUUAUUUUUUUUUAAUUUCUCCUUGUUCAAGCUAUAGAGACCGUGAUUCAUUGCUUGCUCAUGUAUUUUUCGUCUCAGACGAAGUCAAUUAUAGUGAAAAGAUUUAUUGAAAAUAGACAUUUAUAAUUGGA